GUUGAUGGCAGAGUUUAUUCAUAUUCUCAGUGUGAUUGAUGGAGUAAAAGCUGGAUCAGAAUAAUCAGACUCAUCUGAUCGGUCGAGAUGGCACUGUGGAUCAAGGCUCAGCAGUUACAGGGCGAUGCUUUGCUCCAGAUGCAGGCUCUCUAUGGCCAGCACUUCCCCAUCGAAGUGCGCCAUUACCUUUCUCAGUGGAUUGAGUCACAGCCCUGGGAUGCUAUAGAUGUGGAGAAGCAGCAGGAGGAGUUGAAGGCCAAGCGUUUACUGGAAAAUCUGAUUCAGGAGCUGCAGAGGAAAGCCGAGCAUCAGGUGGGAGAGGACGGCUUCCUGCUCAAGAUCAAACUGGGCCAUUAUUCUUCCCAGCUAAAGAACACAUAUGAGGCGUGUCCCAUGGAGCUGGUGCGAUGCAUCAAACACAUCCUCUACACAGAGCAGCGACUCGUACAGGAGGCCUCAAACGUGAACUCGGCAGGAGGCGGAGCUGCAGACGGCACGCCUCAGAAAUACCAGCAGAUCAACCAGACGUUCGAGGAGCUGCGGGUCAUGACUCAGGAGACGGAGAACGACCUGCGCAAACUGCAGCACAACCAGGAGUACUUCAUCAUCCAGUAUCAGGAGAGCCUGAGGAUACAGGCCCAGUUGAGUAAUCUGGCCAGUUUGCCGCGGGCCGAACGAGUUCAGAGAGAGACGAGUUUGCAGAGCCAGAAGAACACGCUGGAGACCUGGCUAACACGGGAGGCUAAUACGCUGCAAAAGUACAGACAGGACCUAUCCGAGAAGAAUCAGACGACUCUGGCGCUGUUGAGGAAGCAGCAGACGGUGAUUAUAGACGACGAACUGAUCCAGUGGAAGAGACGACAACAGCUGGCUGGAAACGGAGGACCUUCAGAAGGAAGUCUAGACAUCCUGCAGUCAUGGUGUGAGAAGCUGGCCGACAUCGUGUGGCAGAACAGGCAGCAGCUCCGGCGUGUUGAUCACCUCACCCAGCAGCUCCCCAUCCCCGGCGCUACAGAGGAGCUGCUCAAGGAACUCAACGCCACCAUCACGGACAUCAUCUCAGCGCUCGUCACCAGCACGUUCAUCAUAGAGAAACAGCCGCCGCAGGUCUUAAAGACGCAGACCAAGUUCGCCACGACGGUCCGGCUGCUGGUGGGAGGAAAACUCAACGUCCACAUGAACCCACCACAGGUUAAAGCUACGAUCAUCAACGAACAGCAGGCCAAAGCACUGCUGAAGAACGAGAGCACCAGGAAUGACAGCAGUGGAGAAAUCCUCAACAACAACUGUGUCAUGGAGUAUCACCAAACUACAGGGACUCUGAGCGCACACUUCAGGAACAUGUCUCUGAAGCGGAUCAAGCGCUCGGACAGGCGGGGCGCCGAGUCAGUGACGGAGGAGAAGUUCACCGUCCUGUUCGAGUCCCAGUUCAGCGUGGGAGGCAACGAGCUCAUGUUCCACGUCAAGACCCUGUCUCUGCCUGUCGUGGUCAUCGUGCAUGGUAGUCAGGACAAUAACGCAACAGCGACCGUUCUGUGGGACAACGCCUUCUCUGAGCCGGGUCGUGUCCCCUUCGUCGUCCCUGAUAAGGUCUCCUGGCCGCAGCUGUGCGAGGCUCUGAACAUGAAGUACAAGUCGGAGGUGCAGAGCGAGAGAGGUUUAUCGGAGGAGAACCUGGUGUUUCUGGCUCAGAAAGCCUUCAGCAGCUCCAGCAACAACGCCGAGGAUUACCGCAGCAUGACCAUGACCUGGUCCCAGUUCAACCGGGAGAGUUUACCUGGGAGGAACUUUACCUUCUGGCAGUGGUUUGAUGGUGUCAUUGAGCUGAUGAAGAAACACCUCAAGUCUCACUGGAACGACGGUGCCAUCCUGGGCUUCCUGAAUAAGCAGCAGGCUCAGGACAUGCUGCUGUCCAAACCUAACGGGACGUUCCUGCUGCGCUUCAGCGACUCUGAGAUCGGAGGGAUCACCAUCGCCUGGGUGGCAGAGAACCCCAAUAAAGCAGGUGAGAGGAUGGUGUGGAACCUGAUGCCCUUCACCACUAAAGAUUUCUCCAUCCGCUCCCUGGCCGACCGCAUCAGCGACCUGAACCACCUUCUGUUCCUUUAUCCCAGUCAGCCUAAAGACGAGGUCUUCUCUCGCUACUGCACGCCGCCCAACUCUAAAGCAGUGGGAGAUGGAUACGUCAAACCAGAGAUCAAACAGGUGGUGAAAGUAGAGUUCUCCUCACACAAUCCUGAUCAAUCCUCAGGAAACUCGGCCUUCAUGGACACGUCACCCACCGUCACUCAGGCAAACAGCUUCACCAUCUACCCUCCCAUCUCCGACACCAUGCUGGACGAGGGCGGAGAUUUCGAUCUGGAUGAAACCAUGGAGAUGGCCCGGCAGGUGGAGGAAUUCCUGCGCCAGCCGCCCGAACCCCAGUGGAGCGGUCAGCCGUCGUGACCUUUCACCUUUCCAUCCCGAACUAAGGAGAGGGGAACCACAGGGGUGUGUGUUAGUUUCAGUUUGUGUGUUUUUGUUUGUUUGUUUGUUUGUUUGUUUGUUUUAACAAAUGUGAACAUGUUGGAUAGUUCGCUGAUUAUCGUGACGACUUUGUGACGUUAUCGUAACUGCUGCCGCUGCUUCAGCGAUGCGUAACGUUUAUUCUAGCGCUCGCCAAAUAACCAGGAUCGAAAGGGGCGGAGUUACAGUUACAUAUGGAAUCUGGAAAUACGAAACAGGCCUUUAAGCUACAGCAAAGCUAGUUCGUGUUUUAUAUCGUCACUGUUAUCAGGUUUAAAUAUAAAUUACGUUUAUGUGGGGAAAAUAUGAACGAUGUUGGAUAACUGAUGGAGCAGGUACAAACUCAGUCUAGUGAAUAAUACAUAAACCUUUAUUACAAUGCGUAUCAGUCCGAAUACGAGCGGAAUAUAAACACCCCACCCUGUUCUUUCUUUCUUUUUCUCUCUUUUAUCCCUCUGUUUUCAAUCUGUUUUACUUUCAAAGGACAAAUAAAUAAAUAUUUAUCUAGAAUUUUAGUCGUUAAAAUCCAGAUAGAGAUAAAGGUCGAUAUUUAUACUAUAAACUAUAAUAAUAAAUAUUCAUCAGGGGGCCAAACACCAAUCACAAGCCAGCCUAACUGUUUCCAGAGUGCCUCCUAUUUACAGCAGAUUUAAAAGUUUACACACGCCUGUCAGAACAGGUGACUUCUCUGUGCCCAUAUAACUAGGGCUAGUUUGACUGCACCCGUUACACUGAGCCUCGAUUACUGUGUCACAAAAGCCUAGGAAGCUUCACACAGGAGUCCUGACCGCGCCUGAGCAAACAUGAAGCACGUGGAACAGCGGUCUCUAUGUCAAGGGCAUUCGGUCAGAUUAAUAAAACGUUCAUGUUUACAGUCAAGCGAGCUUUACAAUAACUUAAAUAUCACACACGUUAAGCUAGCUAAACACGGUUUCGUACUCAUUCUGAACGUCUAGAAUUAUCGUAAUAGAAAAGUUGUCGAUCUUCGAUCAUUUACCAAAGCUAAAUGUAGCCAGGCUGGCUAAACCUGCUAAUCAGUUCUGACUGCGCAAUAUAUGCUAGCUAAAAUCAGUUCGGGUAAGCUAAUAUUGAUGUGUUGGGUCCAGUUAUGAGCUUAGCUAACCUCCAUCCUAUUUAUCCUAUCUCAAUCCAAG